UCAGGUUUAUUGUCAAAAUGUACAGAUUUUCAGCUGUUUGCGACGAACAAAUCAAACAAAAGCGAUUGAAAUAGUUCAACAUAACGAAUGCUUCAAGUGGUUUCCACAAAUUCAACUGAAAAUGCAACUUAUAAUGAUUUCUCCAGUCUCAAAAUGAUUCAACCCCCUGAAUACAAUCCCUCACAAUAGCACAAAUGUGCAAAACAGGUGUUGUCUCAAGCACACCUGAUGUGACUAAUCAAGGGCUUCAUUAGUUGCACCAGGUGUGCUUGAGCUGGAACACAUGAUGAAAUACCUGAACUGGCUAGAAAAAGGAAGCUAUCGACGGUUUCAAGCAGAUUUCUGAGAAGGCAGGUUGUGAAAAACCCUCGAGUGACUGCAAAUAACCUGCAGUGAGAUUUCAGUGAGCACAGUAAGGUGAGUACUAAACACAGAAGGUUUCCAUGCCAGAACUCAGAAGACUUACACCACUACUGACCCAAAAGCACAAGAAAAGUCGUGCAAAAUCAUAUAAAUAAGCCACAGAGGUUUUGGAUUCUGUUCUGUGGAGCGAUGAAACAAAUCUGGAACUUUUCGGCACGAUGGAUCAGCGAUACGUCUGGAGGAAGAAGAAUGAAGAAAGAACACUGUCCACAGUCGAGCAUGGUGGUGGCUCGGUGAUGCUCUGCGGCUGCUUUACAUCCUCUGGCACUGGAAACCUGCAGCGUGUGGAAGGUGAGAUGGAUUCAUUGAAGUACCAGGAAAUCCUCAGAGAAAACAUCGUUCCGUCUGUGAGAAAGCUGAAGCUUGGGCGUCACUGGACCUUCCAACAGGACAAUGAUCCCAAGCGUACCUCAAAUUCCAACAAGGUUUGAUUGCAGAAGAAGUUCUGGAUGAUUCUACAGGACCGUCACAGUCACCUGACUUGAACCCCAUAGAAAAUCUCUGGUGGGAUUAGAAGGCGGCGGCUGCAGCACGCAAACCCAAGAAUAUUACUGAACUGGAAGCCAUUGCUCAUGAGGAACGGGAGAAGAUUCCUCAGGAACGCUGCCAGAAGAUCUGCAUCUCGUCUACAGCAGGUCAUAACAGCAAAAGGAGCUCUACUGAGCUCUAAAGAUGCUCGCCAUGAAGGGGGUGAAUCAUUUUGAGACUGGAGAAAUCAUUAUAAGUUGCAUUUUCAGUCGAAUUUGUGGAAACCACUUGAAGCAUUCGUUGUGUUGAACUAUUUCAAUCGCUCUUGUUUGAUUUGUUCGUCGCAAACAUCCGAAAGUCUGUCCAUUUUAACAAUGAACCUGAUUUGCACUGGGGGUUGAAUCAUUUUGAUUGCAACUGUACGGUAUAUAACUUGCAGUGAAAUGAAAACCUGGCCUACUCCUCCUUAGACGGUGCAUUUAAAUAGCUAAAUUAAAAAUCAGAAAUGAAUAAGAAAUAUUUGUACAAGAAUGUGCAAGAAGGGAUGUACAAUGUAUGCAAGUAUGUUAUGUGUAGUAACAAUACAAAGUGCAGUGCGACAGAGUCUUUAUGGAGUUCUAAGGGAUCUGUAUGGUAGACAUGUCCAUGCUGAGGUGUCUGGUAGCCUGAGGGAAGAAGCAGCUCCUCCUGAGCCUCUCAGUUUUAACCAUCGGACAGCGGAAACAUGGUAAAUGUUACAGUAUUCAGGUAAAAGAUGUACUUUUGUGCUGCAUUUUAAUGUUUUUUUUCUCAGAAAACUGAGAAAGGUCACAUGGUGGCUUAGUGGUUAGCACGUUCACCUCACACCUCCAGGGUCGGGGGUUUGAUUCCCACCGUGGCCCUGUGUGUGUGUGUGCGGAGUUUGCAUGUUCUCUCCGUGCUGCGGGGGUUUCCUCCGGGUACUCCGGUUUCCUCCCCCAGUCCAAAGACAUGCACGGUAGGCUGAUUGGCGUGUCCAAAGUGUCCGUAGUGUAUGAAUGGGUGUGUGAGUGUGUGUGUGAUUGUGCCCUGUGAUGGACUGGCACCCUGUCCAGGGUGUACCCCGCCUUGUGCCCGAUGCUCCCUGGGAUAGGCUCCAGGUUCCCCCGUGACCCUGAAAAGGAUACAUGGUAUAGAAGAAGAUAGAAAAGGGAGGCAUGUUUCUGUUUUUACAUGGGAAACGAAGUCACUAUGGUGUGCACGCAUUUCUAACAGACCUUAUCCACCCCAUAAUCCCCCUUUCCCUCUUUCCCUUUACAAUACUGUAUAUCUUACAACUGUUUUAUCUCUACAUCAUAGACAUACUGUCUGUGGGACACACUACUUCUAAUCUCGGGUAUUGAGAGUAGGCGAAUUGGGACGCAGAAUUUCUGUGUGUGAGAGAGGAGCGUUAUGGCGCCCCCUGUAGGUGAGGUUAGUGUAGAUGAUGUACUAUUUAGGGACACUCCUUAGUGAAGGAUUGGGGUUUAGGACGGAGCCGUGUAGCUGCACCUUUGUUGCGCAGCAGCGGCGGCGUGGAGCAUCACACACACACACACACACACACACACACACACAAAGCGUCUUGUCCUCAGGAUAAGGCAUCAGUGAGGCCAGUCUGACAGUGCUGUCUACACGCCAAGAGCCAGAAGAUGAAGAAGCGCUGCCUGGACGUAUCCAAGCUCCGGAAGAUGAGGAAGCUCAGACUGACGGAGAAGAUUUCGGAAAGUGCGUACUCGUUCCUGAAGUUCAUGACCGUGUGGAUCGUGGUGCUUUUGGCUGACUUUAUUCUGGAGUUCAGACUGGAAUACUUGUGGCCUUGCUGGCUCUUCCUCGGCACCGUUUACACCACGUUCCACUGCCACGGCCUGGCCAUCUGUAUGGUGUUUGUGUGUGCUGCCUUCACGCUGGAUAUAUUCUGUUUGAUUUUUGUACCGCUACACUGGCUGUUUUUCGCAGCCAGCACAUACGUCUUACUCAACUACAUCUGGCACACAGAAAAAGGCAUCUGCCUGUCAACUGUGACUUUGUGGAUUCUUCUCGUGUACACGGAGACCUCGCUCAGGCUGAGAGACCUGAAGAACCCAUACGCCAACCUCUCUCACCUCUUUGCCGCACACUGCAUUGGCUAUCCGCUGGUGUACAUGGGAUUUGACGCAACGUGCUACUUCUCCGGCAUCUUGAAACUUCGCACACAAAAAGCGGUUCAGAGUGAGAACGACUUGCACAUGCAUCUCCUUCAACAUCCCCUACCUCCGUACACGCAGCUCUACCCAAAACCGGGGGUGGAAGAAUCCAAAUGGAGGACCAAACCAGGGCCCAUGCAAUACCCGUGUCAAAACGACGCAGUCAUGUCGGAAGACAAGCAGGACCACGAGGACUGUCUCCAACUCCACAGGCUGCACGGGAGGACGGAGAGAGACGCGGGGGACGCCAGGAUACGAGAGCCGAACCCUCAGCCUCCAGGAACGAAGCAGCACGGAGCCGAAACGCGCUCGGGUCCGGCGCAGCUUUCCGACGUCCACGAACACCUACCUCACGAGGAGCAAAGCGGGAAAGCUCCGAGAGUCUCUAGAGGUCCCCAGGCUAAAGUGCAGAGGAGCUCGGUGAGCAUCGUGACCAACAAAGCGGAGAAGAAACUCAAAAACACGAAAGCCAUCGGCUCCAACGGAGACCCAGGAGAACGGAGCGCAAAUAUCCAGGGGCUUCACAAUCCUCACGCCGAGCAGCUCUCGAAGCUGGAGCAGGAGAUGAGGAAGCUGAAGGUGGAGCUGCAGACGAGCAGACAGAACGAGCAGGAGUUACGCAGUCACAUCUGUAACCUCACCAACAGCGAGAACAGCCUGCGGCCCGAAGUCUCGCUGCUCAGACACGCCAACGAACUUCUGCAGAACAAGCUUCAGUAUCUGAGCAAAUCGAGGCAGAAGGACAAGCAGAGCUGUGCCGUGUUGGAGAAGAAAGCCAGAGUGGAGACAGAGAGCAGAUUAGCCGUAGAAAAACAACUCGCAGAAGUUCGGUCCCAGAAAUUCGAAGAGGCGGCUUUUUUACUACGUAACGCGUCGAACAGGCAGGAACACAGUGAGACGCAGCUGUUAAGGAAAAGAGCUAGAGAUCUAGACACAGAGUACAAACAGCUACAGCUGGACUGUCAGGGGAAAGACAAUCGAAUGCUAGCGCUAGAAAAAGAAGUGGAGUCCCUGCAGAAGCUCAGGUGUACAGAGCAGGAGGCCGACGCGUUGCUCUCCGCUCUCUCCUCUCUGCAGGAUAAAGCUCAGCAUUUAGAAUACAACCUGAGCGCAGAGACACGCCUCAAACUGGACCUGUUCUCGGCGCUGGGGGACGCUCGCAGACAGCUGGAGAUAGCACAGGUUAAACUCCUGAAGCAGGACCAGGAGAUCAAGGAGAUGAAACAGAAGAUCACCGAGGUCAUGGCCGUUUCUCCAGGCGUGUCCUACGUGGCUCCGCGCUCAACCGUUCCACAGUACCUCAAGUUCCUCAACUCGGAGCGCUACGUCCUGAACCCGCGAGGUCUCAUGUACCAGUGUCUGAAGAAAUAAACAAUCACAGCGAAAGACACAAAAGGAAGGCUUUUUUUUCCCCCAGUUAAAAAGCUUCGGUUUGUCCCGACGAUCCGAAUAAAGGGGAACGCACUGUCGGGAGUUUCGCUGACCGGACCGAGAGCCGACGAGUUUACGGCUCUGAGCCAGAGGUUCUCCAGGACACAAAGCUGAUUGUACGUCUGAUUUGUGGUGCUACAGGAGUACACAAAGCAACACCGGCUAAUUAUUUUCAAUCCUGAACUCCUCGUUAAAUUACUUCUAAUCUACAGCAGUGGCAUUCGGACAAAUUCCCCCCCCCCCCCCGCUGAGUCUCAGCUGGAGUCAGUGACUAUUUUCAUAAAAAAUAAAAAAAAUAAAAAAAAAUAAAAAAAAGAAUAAAAGGAAAUCAGGCUCAAUGGCUCAUGUUGUGCCUCAAUACAAUAUUCAUACAAUAAAAAGCCAAUACCUAAUGUCAGUAAUGUGAAUAUAAAGUGCUUUGUA